AUGGCUGUUAUAAUAGAUUCAAUAAGGAACAUAAAUAAUUAUUUAAAUAAAUAUCAAGAUCCCAGAACGGCAAAUUUUCCUUUGAUGACUAGUCCGUUCUACACAUUAGGGAUAUGUCUCACUUAUGUUUACGUUGUUAAGGUAUUAGGACCAAAGUUAAUGGAAAAUAGAAAACCUUUGCAGUUAAAAUGGGUUUUAGUACUAUAUAAUUUUAUACAAGUUAUAUUCAGUAUGUGGAUUUGGUAUGAGGUAGGAAUGGGAGGAUGGUUUACAGGUGAAUAUAGUUUAAGGUGUCAACCAGUAGACUAUUCAAAUAAACCAAGCACGAUACGGAUGGUUAACGCGUCGUGGUGGUACUUUUUCUCUAAAUUUACGGAGUUCAUGGAUACCGUAUUUUUUGUUCUACGAAAGAAAAAUGAUCAUAUAAGUACUCUUCACGUUAUUCAUCAUGGUUUAAUGCCCAUGUCUGUUUGGUUUGGCGUUAAAUAUACACCAGGUGGCCACAGUACAUUUUUUGGUUUCUUAAACAGUUUCGUUCACAUCAUCAUGUACUUCUACUAUAUGUUAAGUGCUAUGGGUCCUCAGGUGCACAAAUAUUUGUGGUGGAAAAAGUAUCUUACUACUCUACAGAUGGCACAAUUUGUGGCUAUCAUGGUCCACGCUUUCCAACUGCUAUUCAUCGACUGCAACUACCCCCGUGCCUUCGUAUGGUGGAUCGGAAUGCACGCUGUGAUGUUCUUCUUCCUCUUCAAAGAAUUCUAUAAUCAGACUUACAGUAAGAGGAAGGCAGCACCUAAGCUAAAAGUGGAAGGGCAGCAAGAACCAAUUCAAAAUGGUUUUGUUAAAAGUAAUCACAUCCAAAAUGGAGACAUUCGGAAGAACGGAGAAUAUAAAAACGGAGAGGUUUAUCAAAAUGGCGCCGCCAAAGCCACAAACGUGAACGAUUACUACGUGAACGGGUCGACGACGGAUGUACAUCACAGGAUAAAGUCCAAGUGAUUUUUGUUAUUUCUUAGUACAUGAUUCCAGUCAUAAUAGUUAAGAGACUACUUAAUUUAAAGUGAUAAUAGAGGAGAUGGUCGAUAACCAUAUAUAGUUUUUAUCUGAAGAAACAAGGAUUAUACAAAAUUUUGAUGAAGGAUUUUGGUUCAAUGAUUAACUGUAUUUGUGCGCAGAAGAUCGAGGAGUCAAAUACGAUUUUUCUUCAUUCUAAUCUCAUAAAUGUUACGUUGUUAAUUAGUACCAACAUCCUUUAAAUUGAAUAAAUACGUUUUGCGUCACUUGGAAGAAAGUUAAACUUUUAUGGCAUCAUACGAUUACAAAAUUUUUUUAUGUUAUUGCAAUUUUUCUAUUUUUUUUCAAAUUCGGUAAUAUUGCAUUUUCAAAUAUUGGA